AGUUGUCUGUUCUUGUUGGAAUUUUCUUUGCACCAUGAACAAUUGGACACAGUGCUAAGUUUCUGUUUGCUUGCUGUUUGGAAGUUAAUUUGCCGCUUAGGACACUUUUGCCUUAAAGAGAUGGCUCUGACAGAAGCCAUGCUCCCAUCUAUUUCAACUUUUGCAAAUCACACAACAUUGGAAGAAAAGCAGAAUGAAAUGAUUAACAGGUGGAAAGUAAGACACAUGGCUAAUACGGGCUUCAGCACUCAGGGCGGCACAGCAGUGAAGAAGGAAGAGGAAGACUUGAGCAGGUUUCUGGACUUUGAGUUUAUUCUAUCUAACACUAUUGUCUCUGAGAAUGGGAGCAGCUCAUCACAUCCAUCUGCAAACUACCCACUGCCAGAAACUCCCGAGAGCUGCAGUAGUACAACCUAUGACAGCGAUGGCACAUUCUCUGCUAGUUCAGUGGCAACAAACAGCUAUGAUUCCAACAAUUUUUCCACUAGCACUGGUCAUAGCUAUGUAGCAGAACUCCUCACCCCCGAUGUGCCAAGCUUUCAUACAUCCUGUGACAUUCCCCAAGACUAUAGUCUAAAAACAUCUCAAGACCGUUGGGAAUACACAGAGUUAAAGACCACGGAAGUAGGUGACAGUUCCAGCAGCCAUCAGAGAAAUAUUCAAGUUGUUGACCAUUUGCAGCACAUGGAACACAAAAUUAAAAAGGAGCCACUUGCUCAGCCGUGUAUGUUGUCUGCACCCGCUGCAGAAUGUCUAGGACACAUGGAAGAUCAAAAGCCCUCUCUUGGCCAGCUUCAUCAACAAAUGCUACAACACCACCAAGGCUUUGCCUACCACAGAUUGAACCCAGUCAUGGACUCAGAAGACUUGCCGAGGGAUUGUCAGCCAAUGGCCGACAUGCUACGCCACCCUUGUAUGACUGUACGUAAUCAGUUCCAACAACAAUCCAACCACUACCCUCCCCCUUACACUUCUCAGGCCCUCAGCAGUGGACAGUUCAACGGGCAUUUCACCAUGUUCAGGGAGCCCCUAAAAGUGCACCAGGGUGUGCAUGGCAUGAUGCUCACCCCUCCAUCCUCCCCACUGUUGGACUUUUUUGCACCUGUAGCUGUCCCAGAAGAUGGCAAACCAAAGAGAGGGCGCAGGUCUUGGCAGAAGAGGAGGACAGCAACCCACAACUGCGAGUACCCUGGAUGUGGUAAAACGUACACCAAGAGUUCUCACCUGAAGGCUCACAUGCGCACCCAUACAGGUGAAAAACCUUAUCAUUGCAACUGGGAAGGCUGCGGAUGGAAGUUUGCCAGAUCUGAUGAACUGACCCGUCACUACCGCAAGCACACCGGCCACAGGCCUUUCCAGUGUCACCUGUGCGAAAGGGCGUUCUCCAGGUCUGACCACUUAGCCCUUCACAUGAAGAGACACAUGUAAAAUCGCAUGUUAGGGAAGGACAUUUGCUAAUGAUGUUAUAUAUUAUAAAUAAUAUUGGAUAUAAAUAUUUUUUCUUACUGGGUUUAAAUGAUAACCCUCAUAAUUUAUAUUGCAUAUGAAAACGAUGACAACGCCUAGUAGUAUUUAAAUGAGAAGAUAGGAAAACAUAAAAGUCGCCUUCUGUGUGCCUUUCAAAAACAAUUGACUUCUUCAGGUUGGUUCUGGUAUUUUGGCAGAGACACAGGGCGGGACCCGGCUGUAAUUGUAUCAUGUCUGUAUAAAAUAGUUUAUACACUUCUGCUUGUGCAUUUGCUUCGGAAUUUGUCGUAUCGCAACCUGCCUCUGUGGAAGACUUACUGCAAAUGUAAAAGAAAAAAAAAAGAACUGUAAAACUGCUGAAUAAGCACAGUUAAAAGACUGAAGUAAAAUCGACUGCUCUUUGUUUUUAUGUUCUCCCCGCAGUAUGUGUGUGUCAUUUCUGGCAUAGUGGAGCUUUUUGACGUGUGUACAUAAUUUGCACCUUUUGUCACAAAAGCAGCAAUUUCAUGAAUAUGUUUAAUUGGAAAAUGAUUAAUUGUUGAGGUGAUCUAUUGCCUUUAUCAUUGACCUUUUACUUUCACUGAUGCAACAACAGUUUGGCCAUAUUCAAGCGUGUGCAUGCGUGCGUAUGUGUACUUGUGUGACUGGGUGCGCGCAGCGCGCGUUUGCAUUUUUUUACUUAAGUCCAGAAAAUAUUUUAAGGCACUAGGUACUGUCCUCAGUCUCAUACUUUAACAAAAAUGUAACCUUUGUUUAAAUGGUUGUGAGUUUCAGUUUUUAAAACUGCUUUAUGAUUGCUGAAACUGGAGACUGCUAAGCUAUUGUUCUGCCUCUGUUGCAGAAGACUAUUAGUUCUCAAAUGUAUCUUGUAAAAUAUUUUCAUUUUAUAUGAAGCAAAAAAAGUUAAAACAAAAUGUCAAAAGUGCAAUAACUUGUUUAAUUACUUACAUAAUACAAAGGGCUAUUUUUUUUGUAGAUUGCAAUUCGUUGUAAACCAAAUUUGUAAAUAUAUUUUGUUUAUUCUAAUGCUGUGUUGUAAACUUAUGUACAGAAUAAAUGAAAUAAGAAACAAA